AUGUUAUCACAAUCAGAAAUAUUCUAUCCAUCAUUUGUUGCUGCUUUACUUGAUAUUGUUUUAGCUAAACCUGAACAAAUACAAAUAUCAGCACAAUAUAUAAUUGCAUCAACUAUUGCAAGUCAUUUAGAAUCUGUUGGUAUAUUAACAGUUGAAUGUUUUAUACGUUUAAAUCAACAAAAUGAAUAUAAACAAUUAUUAAAUGGACCAUUAAAGAAAAAAUUAAAAUCUGAUCCAGAUUUAAAUAAUCAAUUAUAUAAAAAAAUUGAUCAAUGGCUUGAAUUAGCUAAAUGUUAUCGUUCAUUAGCUAAUUAUGAUGAUGUACGUGGUAUUUUUUCUCAAACACCUGGUUUAAAAUCAAUAACAUUACGCGCUAUUGAAGAAGAAAGUCAUACAGAUUUCUUAUUAGCUUUAAAUAGCUAUGUUACAGCAUUAGAACAAUAUCCAUUAACUGAUGAAACAUCAAAUGAUUCAAUAUUAGAAUUAGAACAUGAAUUUUGGACACAAUCAAUGUUAAAUUGUUGUAAUCAAUUAAAUAAUUGGACAAUUAUGUCUAAACAUAUAUUUAUUGAUAAUACAACAUUUGAUACAUUAUGGUCAAAUGCACAUCAAUUAAAUUAUUUAAUGCCAUAUGCUAUACGUGCUAAACUUAAAUUACUUAUAUCAGGCAAUGAAAAAGAACAAUUAGAACAAAAUGAUCUUUGUCAAUUUUUUAAUAAUUUAUCAACAAAUUCAAAUAAUAUAAUUAUAACAGGAAAUUCUGAAACAACAUUUGUUAAACGUUCAUAUAUUGAAAAACAAUAUCCAUUUGAAUUAGCAACAUUUUUUCUUUAUCAAAAAGAUUUUGAUCUCUAUUUAUUUUGUUUGUUUGUAGGUGCAAAAUAUUAUAUUCAAUAUGCCAAAGAACAAUUUUUACUUCGCUGGUCAACAUUAAGUCGUUUAAGUGAAUAUGGUCGUAAAAUAACAAUUCAAUUAAUUCAACCAUAUUAUGAACUUGAUCAAUUUCUUAUAUUUAUUGAACAAAAUUUACCAUUAAUAAAAUCUCUUGAAAAUCGCUAUUUAACAAAUAAUAAAAAUGACACAACAACACGAGAUUUAUUUCUCGAACGUGUACGCAAUGAUUUAUUAUCACAAUGGCAAUUACCAGAUGUUGUACGUAGUUCAAUACAAACAUGGGAUGAUAUUGUUACAAAUCGAUCAUUAUUUUUAGAUAUUCUGGAUGAAUUAAUUGGUGGACCACGAAUGACUUUUACAAGUCGUUUAAAAGCAACUGAAUUUGAUCCAUUAUUAGUUGAUUAUAAAGUUCAAUCAUUACUUGAUAUGUCAUAUUGUGCAUUACGACAACGUAAUUUUAAAUUAGCUUUAACAAAAUUAAAUGAAACACGUCAUCGUCUUGAUUUAUGUCAAAAUCCAUUAAUAAAGUCUAUAUAUUGGAAUGAAAUAUAUUGUGAUGUACAUUUAAAACGUCAUCAAAUACAAUCAUCAACAUCAACAUUAUCAAGUUUAUUAUCAACAAGUGUUGCAAAAGAAUUAAAAAAAAUGGAAAUUAAAAUUCAUUCAUUAAAAAUUAUUGAUCAACAAACAGCAUAA